AUGAAAUUGUCUUACGUGGACUUCCCAGGCACUUUUCAAGCUGUUGCUCAAACGUUUCGUGUGGCGCGAAGUACAGUCCAAAAAAUAUGGACGCUGUACUGCGAUUCAUUCAGGGAAGAUCUGCUGCCAAAGGGAGGUGGAAAUCCAAGUAAUUUGAGUCAGGCAGAUUUAGAGCUAAUGGAAGUUUUGAAGAGGGAAAAAGGAUCGAUAACAUUAAAAGAAAUCUAUCAAGAAUUAGAGGUUAUCGGUGAAUGUGGUGGGAAUACCUCCACAAGUGCAAUAUGUCGGAGCCAUCAAAAACAGAAUGCCUUUGGGUGAAGCAUUCUCACGAAAGAAAAUUACACAUAUUGCAAAAGAAAGCUUUACUCCAGAAAAUAUGAUAUACAGUCAGUUAUUCAUUGAUUAUGUAAGCAGUAAAAACCCUUACCAGUUAAAGUUUUUUAAUGAAGCCGGUGUAAAAACCCCAGACGUUGGAACGAGAAAUUAUGGACAUGCACCUGUUGGACAGUGCUGUGUCGAAAUAAUUCGAAAGUGUGAAAGUCCAAAUAUCACAUUGCAUUUGCUAACAUCACUGUAUGACGGAGUUGGAUAUUUUAACUUGUUAAACGGUCCAACAGACACAGUGAAGUUUUUGGAAUUCUUCUAUGAAGCAUCCCAAAACACAUCGCCACUAACAGGUAUAUACAUAUAUAUAUAUGUAUAUAUAUAUAUAUGUAUAUAUAUAUGUAUAUAUAUAUGUAUAUAUAUAUGUAUAUAUGUAUAUAUAUAUGUAUAUAUAUAUAUAUGUAUAUAUAUAUAUGUAUAUAUAUAAUAAUAUACUCUAUACUAAUAUUAUAUAUAUAUAAUAUCCUCCUGUCCAUGCUCAACCCUGCUCAUAUAUAUGUAUAUAUAUAAUAAUAUAUAUAUAUGUAUAUAUAUGUAUAUGCUCAUAUAAUAUUGCCUGCUCAUAACUGCUAUAUAAUAUAUAUAUGUGUAAUAUAUAUAAUAUGUGCUCAUAUAUAUGUAUAUAUAUAUAUGUAAUAUUAUAUAUAUAUAUAUGUAUAUAUAUAUAUGUAUAUAUAUAUAUAUAUAUAUGUAUAUAUAUAAAUAUAUAUGUAUAUAUAUAUAUAUAUAUGUAUAUAUAUAUAUAUAUAUGUAUAUAUAUAUAUAUAUAUGUAUAUAUAUAUGUAUAUGUAUAUAUAUAUAUGUAUUAGCUUGGUUACAACAAAGGUUAGCAUAAUUUCUACACACCACAGAGUACGGGCUUUUUACUAAGCCAUCCUGUGUCUGUGAUAUAUCAGGAAAAUGGCCUCAACCCACAAAUUGCAUUUUUCUACUGUCCCAAACUGGGUACAAAUUUUGUACUUCAAAACUCUACUGAGAAUAAAUGUAAUUUGGAUCUAACAUACCGAAUGAUAAAUUUGGUCACAAAUGUUUGUUUUAAGUUUAUUGCGGUUUAGCAAGACACUUUAGCAAGACACUUUAGCAAGACACAAAGCCAAAGGUGGAUUUGGUUACUUUUGCUUAAAACAAUACAUAAAACAUCAAAAGGUGUCAUUCAAAAGCUACAAGAUCUGAAGGGGAGCUGUGUAGCUCUGCGGGGGGUGGAAAAAACAGGAUUCGGGGAAAAAGAACCAAGAUGGCUGACUUAAUAUAAAAGUUUAUAUUUUUCCGUUGUUUAUUAAAAUUUAUAAAAGCAUGUGAGUACAGUAUUUGUCCUAUAGUGUGACCAAGACCGGUUUCUCAAGAAUUCCGUGACAUCUGGGGGCUCAGGCGGGAAACCGGUCAAUUGGCGAAAGUUUUUGGUGGAAAUUGUAUUGUUUAUUUCAAAACGAAAUUAAACUGUCGAUCAGUUUUCGUGGGCAAUUUAUACGCCGGAGAGUAAUUGGGAGACAUGAUUUGUUCCUUAUAAACAUUUUCUUAUUGUGAAUAAGUAUAAUUUCCCAAAGGGCAACCUUAAUCGUUGGUUUGAAGAGAUUUUGGAUUUAUCGUGUAUAUUAACAUUGAUCAUUGGUUCGGAAGAUAUUUGAUCAUAUUUUGGCUUUAUUGUGGAUAAUAACAUAGAAUUGUGGAUAAAUAUUUGCCAGUGGGCAACAUUGAUCGUUGGUUUGGAAGGUAAUUAAUCAUAUUCUGGCUUUAUCGUGGAUAAUGAGAUAGAAAUGUGGAUAAAUAUAUGCCAUUUAUUGUGGAUAUUGUAGUAUCACAGACAAUUAUUAGCCCCAGACAACCUGAUCUGUGUGUGUUGAAAACUGUGUAUUUUGACAUUUAAAAUUGAGCAUGGAACAUUGCACUGGGCAAAGAUUUUGGCUUUGAAGGCAAAGAGUUAUUGGCUUUUGUGAAAGAACAACAGGAUGAAGAGAAACAGCGAGUCGAUGAAGAGAGAGAGGAGAGACAGCGAGAACUUGAGAGUAAAAAGUUAGAGGCUGAGGAAAGAGAACGUAUAUGGCUACAAGAACUGGACGAAAAGGAAAAGGAAGGACAAAUGGGAGAAAGAGAAAAAGAAGCUCAGAGGAGACAUGAACUAGCAGUGAAAGAACUGGAAUUACAGAGUGCAAAUGUUGAUGUAAAUAGUGCUAGUAUUAAAUCGACUGCUAAGUUACCUAAACUACCAACGUUUGUCGAUGGUAAAGAUGACUUGGACAGUUAUCUGCAAAGAUUCGAACAGUUUGCUAAGAACAAUAAUUGGGACCAAUCAACAUGGUCGACUUCGCUUAGUGCAUUGCUUACUGGUAGAGCUUUAGAUGUUUAUUCGAGACUAUCAGAGACAGCCGCAGUUUAUUACAAGCAGCUGAAAGAAGCCCUUUUGAAAAGGUAUGAACUUACUGAAAGCGGUUUUAAGAUGAGAUUCAGGGAGGGAAAGCCAGAACAGUUUGUGACGAGAUUAAACAGAUAUCUCACCAGGUGGGUUGAGAAGACCCACGAGGGAAUUUGUGACUUGUUCAUUAAAGAGCAGUUUAUACAUUUCUGCCUAGAAGAUCUAGUCUCUCAGAAGAGACCGUGAAGCUGGCACAAGAUGAACUGAAGAAGUCUCAAGUAAGAUAUCAGCGUUACUACAAUCGAAAGGCUAAGUCAUGAAGUUUCAAAAUUGACAGCAAAGUUUUACUUCUAUUGCCGACUGACAAGAAUAAACUCUUGUUGCAGUGGAAAGGUCCUUUCGUCGUAGAGUCGAUUGUCAGAGUCAAUGAUUACAGGAUCAAGGUUGGUGAUAAAGUAAAAACAUUUCACGCAAACAUGUUGAAGGAAUAUGUUGAGAGACAAACCACGCAAGCCAAAGAGCGGGAAGAAGUGUCACCAAAGAGUGAUCGCGAGAUAGAAGGCAGUUGAGUCCUUUACGUUGCUGCAGCGGCUGUGACUGAGCAAAGUGAAAGUGGUCCAGAAGGAGCCGUCAAUGACAAGAGCCUUUUAGAGCUUGGCACCAUGCAACCCAAAGAGACUGUCAGGGAUGUGACAUUCGGUCAACAGCUGAACAACGAACAGAAGGUUCAACUACAAGAAGUAGUCAGACAGUACGAACAUGUCUUUACUGAUGUGCCCGGUAACGCUAAUAUUAUUGAGCAUGAAGUUAACCUUACAUCAGACGAGUCCAUCCGGUCAAAGCCGUAUAGAUUCCUUAUAACGUUAGAGGGUCAUUAA